AGCUGGACGCUGGGCCGCCGCUGCCGCUUCUCGACCUCCGUUUCCCCGCUGGAACGCUGCGCCCGGGUUCCCCUGCAGAAAUGCAGUCCCCGGCAUGCCUUGGCGUCGCCUCUGCCCGCGAGUGACUCGAGAAAAGAAUGUGACUUUCCGAAUAAUUCUGUGAGAAGAAUGAGUCCAGAUGUGCCUCUGCUGAAUGACUACAAGCAGGACUUCUUUCUGAAGCGCUUUCCACAGACUGUUCUCGGGGGCCCUCGCUUCAAACUAGGCUACUGUGCCCCUUCUUACAUAUAUGCUAACCAGAUUAUCCUUUUUCUGAUGCCAUGGCUUUUGGGUGGAAUAGGAACUCUUUUGUACCAGAUCGGCAUCCUGGAGGAUUAUUACACAGCCCUACUUUCAGGUGGACUCAUGCUUUUCACUGCAUUUGUCAUCCAGUUCACAAGUUUAUACGCCAGGAAAAAAUCGGUGACAAUAGAAAGAAUGCUGACUACAGAUAUAUUAGCAGAGGAAGAUGAACAUGAAUUUACAAGCUGUGCUGGUGCUGAGACGAUCAAAUUUCUAAUUCCUGGCAAGAAAUAUAUAGCCAAUACAGUUUUUCAUUCUGUUCUUGCUGGGUUAGUGUGUGGUCUUGGAACAUGGUAUCUGCUCCCGAACAGAAUAACUCUGCUCUAUGGCAGUGUGGGAGGUACUGCACUGCUCUUUGUCUUUGGAUGGAUGACAUUAUGUAUAGGAGAAUAUUCAUUAAUUGUAAACACAGCUACAGAGACAGCAACUUUCCAAACCCAGGAUACUUUUGAAAUAACCCCUCUUAUGAGGCCUCUUUAUAUCUUCUUGUUUGUUUUUGUAGAUCUUGCACACAGGUUUAUGGUAAAUGUAACAGCUCUAGAACAAACUAAUCAGAUUUUACACAUCUUGUUUAUAUUUUUACCCUUUCUUUGGGCACUUGGGACUCUGCCCCCACCCGAUGCACUUUUCUUAUGGGCAAUGGAACAGGUUUUAGAGUUUGUUCUUGGAGGCUCACCAGUGUCAACGCACCUACGACUGUUAGUAAUGUUCAUCACUUCUGCUGGAACAGCUGUAACAUCAUAUUUUAUUCCCAGCACUAUUGGAGUGGUUCUGUUCUUGACUGGACUUGGAUUCUUACUGAGCCUUAACCUAAGUGAGAUGAUUUUUGUCUUCAAACGGAGUGUGACCAGAUACAGAGCGGGAACCAAAGUUAAGACUUUACCCAGUGAUCCAGAAACACAGUUUACAUGGAAGGAGUGCCUUUUCUACAUCACUAUGUUAGUCUUGGCUCUCACAGAAGCUAGUUUGCUGCAUUACUUUGCUGGUUUCUCACAGACUUCAAGAAGCUGUCCUCAGGCAAUUGUUAGCUACAUUUUAAUGACAUUACUUGUAGCACUGUGGAUACUUAGAGAAAUUCAGAGUAUCUAUAUUUUUGGAGUUUUCCGAAACCCUUUCUUUCCAAAGGAUGUGCAAACUGUGACUUUACUCUUAGAGAAACAAAAAAGACUCAUGAAGAUUGCUGUUGUCAGACGGAUUUUGCUAAAUUUAGUGUCACCUUUUGCUAUGAUGGCAUUUCUUUCAUUGGACAGUGCCUUACACAAGGUCCACUCAGUAUCCGUCUCCAUUGGAUUUACCAGAGCUUUUAGAAUGGUAUGGCAGAAUACAGAAAAUGCUUUGUUGGAAAUAGUCAUUGUAUCAGCAGUUCGCAUGAUUUCCAGUGCUGACAUAUGGUGGAAUAGAAGCUUGGAUACAGGAAUCAGACUCUUACUGGUUGGUAUCACUCGUGAUCGUCUGAUUCAGUUCAUCUCUAAAUUGCAGUUUGCUGUGACUGUACUUGUGGCAUCGUGGACAGAGAAAAAACGUCGAAAAUCAACCACUACUUUAUGUAUACUCAACAUUGUCUUCUCUCCUUUUGUGUUGGUCUUAAUAGCUUUCUCUACGCUACUCUCUUCUCCCCUGCUACCCCUCUUUACACUUCCUUUGUUCCUGGUGGGGUUUCCCCGACCAAUUCAGAGUUGGCCAGGAGUAGUGGGUGCCUCUGCCUGCAUGUGUGCAGAUACAGUGUACUAUUACCAGAUGGUUCCAAGUUUGAUCACUGCACUGCAGUCUGCAAUGACAGCUGGAAGUUUAGGUCUCCUCUUACCUGGGUCUCAUUACUUGGGCCGUUUUCAGGAUCGUUUAAUAUGGAUAAUGGUUCUAGAGCGUGGCUAUACUUACUGCUGUAUUAACAUUAAGGGGUUAGAAUUGCAAGAGACAUCUUGUCAUACUGCGGAAGCACGAAGAGUUGAUGAAGUUUUUGAAGCUGCCUUUGAACAAGAAGAAUACACAAGAGUAUGUUCCAUUAACGAGCACUUUGGAAAUGUCUUGACACCCUGUACAGUUUUGCCUGUAAAGAUCUAUUCUGAUGCCAGGAAUGUCCUGUCUGGCAUCAUUGAUUCUCAGGACAACUUAAAAGAAUUUAAAAGUGACCUUGUUAAAGUGCUUGUAUGGAUACUUCUUCAGUUCUGCUCCAAAAGGCCCAAGAUGCAGGAAAUUGUUCACAAAACUGGGAAUAAAGGGAAAGGAUCUCCAGUCAUCCUCCCUGCUUCAUCCCGACCUCCAUCUCCAGAAGACACUGAUAGCUUGAAUUCAGAAAAUUUGGGUGACUGGUCUGAUGAUAUUUUUGAUGAUGAGCCAACCAACAAAAGAGAAAACAAAGAAAAAUACCAGUUGAAAGGUUUUCCAGUUACAAAUUUACCUAUUCCGGGAUCAGUGGAAUCACAGAUGGUUGAUGAUCAUUCUAUAGGCACAGUUCCUGAAAAUAAUUUUUAUAAAGCAGUUAUGUUAGGAUACCCUGCUGUUGACAAAGGAAAACAAGAAGACACACCCCAUACUCCUGUCACGGAGUUCAGUUGUUCUCAUUCACAUUUGUUAAAGUUGCCUGAAGAGUGGAUGGCGGACUGUUUGCCUAGUUCCAAAAUGAGAGAGAUGAGCUCACUAUUUCCAGAAGACUGGUACCAGUUUGUUUUAAGGCAGUUGAAAUGUUUUCCUUCAGAAGAAAAUGCCUCAAAAAUACUGGAAGAAAUUGCAAAGGAUAGAGUUUUAAAAGAUUUCUACCUUCGCGCAGUAAUGACUUGUUACUUUAGUUUAUUCGGAAUAGAUAAUAUGAUUCCUGGUCCUGCUCAUAUUUUGAGAGUUUACAAUGGUGUUUUGCCGUGGUCCGUUGCCUUGGAUUGGCUCACAGAAAAGCCAGAACUCUUCCAGCUAGCACUGAAAGCUUUUAGGUAUACUCUGAAACUAAUGAUUGAUAAAGCAAGUUUAGGUCCAGUAGAAAACUUUAAAGAGCUGAUCAGUUACCUUGAAGAAUAUGAAAGUGACUGGUACAUUGGCUUGGUAUCUGAUGAAAAAUGGAAAGAAGCAGUUUUACAAGAAAAACCAUACUUAUUUUCUCUGGGAUAUGAUUUUAAUAUGGGAGUCUAUACCGGGAGAGUACUUACCCUUCAAGAAUUAUUGAUCCAACUUGGAAAGUUAAAUGCUGAAGCUGUUAGAGGUCAGUGGGCCAAUCUUUCAUGGGAAUUGCUUUAUGCCACAAAUGAUGAUGAGGAACGUUAUAGUAUACAAGCUCAUCCACUCCUGUUAAGAAACCUUACAGUACAGGCGGCUGAUCCUCCCCUGGGAUAUCCAAUUUAUUCCUCGAAGCCUCUUCAUAUACAUUUGUAUUAGAGACUGCUCUGACUUGUACUAUCAAAUGAUAUGAGAUUUAAUUUUUUUCAUUUUAGAAAAAUACCAAUGUGAUUUCUCAGAACUCUCCUCCUCCUCCCACAAGUUUUAUGCCUGAAAAAAGCCAACCUCUGUAAACUUAGCUAUCUUAAUAUUUAAAAAAAAAAAAAAAACAACUUUAUGUUCAACAUAGAGUCAGUAAUAGUUGGUCAAUAUUUGUGCCCUGUGGAUUGUGUUUAAGAUUUUGUGAAUAUAAAACAUUUAUUUAGAUAACGAAUUUUUAAUGCCUUCUUAAAUGUGUAAUACAUGACUUGCCUUUCAGAAGUCAACAAUUGUAAAUUUUACAUGCUUCAUAUACAUAUCAGUGUUUUAAAGUAAUAAUGGAGGCUAUUGAAAGUUAUAUGAUGUAUAUAUAUAUUUAUUUAAAAUAUAAUUAAAUUUUAUAGCAUUUUCAAACUGCGCUGUUUCAUUUUAUUUAAAUUGUUUUUUUAAUGUCUGUGAGAUAGACCAUUACAGAGCCGUUCAUGAUUGGGUUUCAGUCAUACAAUGAUGCAGCACCCAUCUGUCCACCAGUCUACAUUUCCCACCAUCAGUGUCCCCAUUUCCCUCCCACCAUCCCCCAACACCCCACCCCUACCCCCAGAGACACUUUUUGUGCUGUUUUAACAACUAACAGUUUGAAUGUUUUCUUGAAACCUUUUCCUAUACUUUAAUUUAGAAACCCUGAAAACCUUUAAUAAAAUUUCUUCAGUAACGUAUUUUUCUCUCCUUCCCAGUUAUCCGUUUGGUAUAUGUGAAAGGAAUGGGGUCAUCCCAUUCACCACUGGAAAUCCUGAGUGUUCAAGAAUUAGCAGCUUUAGAGUAAUUUGAGUUAGAGGCAUAGAUUGUCAACUGGAUAUUCUGCUUUGGAGAAGAGUUCUUUUUUAUAUUUAUUUUUAGGGGAGGGAGAGUGUGGGCCACACCCAGCUUGGGCUAUUCCUGGCUCACUGUGCAGGAGGGAAUGCUGGUGGUACUAGGAGACCAAAUGCAAUGCCAGGGUUGAACCAUGGUCGGCCAUAUUGCAUGGUAAGUGCCUUUUUCCUGAAAUGCAAGUAAUCUCUCUGGCCCUAAGACAGAAUUUUAACAGAGAAAACUAGCAAUAUAAUACAUGAGAUAAUAAAAUGGAGGGAAGUAGGGUGAAAUUAGAAAGAGAAUGAUUCCUGAGAAAAAUUGCUGAGAAUGGGCCUGUUAUGUGAAGAUGAUACUCUGUUGUCUUCUGAUAAAUGUGAAAAUAAUAUUAUGGUAUUAUCUUCCACAUAUCAUGCUAUUGCCAACCCCUUUGUCUUACCAUCUUAUAUGUCUUAAACCCAGUGCAGAGCACUCACCUGUCCCCCUAACUGAGGUUUUUUCACCUUUCCCAAACAUCCUACAUAAGGAUAUCCCAUGUCCCAGCUUCCAUUUCUUCCCUUCAUAUUCCCU